CAGUCCGACUGAGCGGUUCAUUUGAUUGGCAAAGCCUUUCGCCUAAGCCAUUUCCAUUACCGAAAUUAAUUACGACAGGCACAUAAAAAAAUACAACGAAAAAAACCAAACUAGUUACCAACCUAGGGCCUUCGGAUACCGGUCGUCGGUUUUGAUUCUCUUGAUGUAAGGUUGUGUACUUUCUAUCGGUUCACCAGUGCAAGAGUUUGGUAGCCUGAACUACCAUUUGAAACCACUUGAACGAGAUUGAAGCAACGAGAUUAGUGCGUGUCCAAAAAUUUACGAGGUUAGCGUGUUCGAGUGAAGUGAUAUCGGGGUCAGUUGACAACCAAUGAUGGCGUUCCGGAAAGUGUAUAGCAUGUGCUUGCGGAAACAGCUUGCGAUGGGAACCAGUUGCAAUGCAUCUAGGAGGAUUUUGGCGGUUGCAGCUGGAAAUUUCAACGGUAGACGACAGAUCUCGUCCAGUUCGAUAACUGGGGAAAAAUUAGCCACGGCUACCAAGGCGGUCCAGAAGCACGACUGGAAUCGGGCUGUGAGCGAGGCGGAAAAAAUCGUUGGAUAUCCGACGUCUUUCCUGAGUCUGCGGUGGUUGCUGAGUGAUGAGAUUGCCAACGUGGCGCUUCAUUUGCGGAAGUUAGUCGGCAGCAACCACCCGUUACUUAGGACGGCCAAAACCCUGAUCUACAACGACAAAAACCAGCAAGCAUGGGGACUGAUAGUGCUGUUGGUGUCGAAAGCUGCUGGCCACGCGGACACUAUCCCGGAAAUGGAACAGGACAAAAGUGCCGGUGUGCUCCACUCGCAGCGAGCACUUGCAGAGGUGACCGAGAUGAUCCGUACCUCACAUUUGAUUCACCAGGGCAUGAUUAAUCUGCAAUCGAUGGACAACGCGGGGAACGAUCUGAGUGGCGAUAGCGAAAUGAUAUUCGGCAAUAAAAUGGCUCUGCUCGGAGGGGAUUAUCUAUUGGCCAAUGCGAGUCAGCAGAUUGCUAGUUUCAGAAACCAGGAUUUGAACAUGCUGAUCUCAUCCGCAUAUCGAGAUCUGGCGGAAUCGAACUUCAUCGGCGAUCGAGACGAACAAAAUUGCCCUCUCCCUUCUAAACCGCUGUCAACCGUCGCUGGAAAAUCGUCGCCGGAUUGUUCAUUGGAGGAGCUCGGAUUUGGGGACCUUGAGGAUAACACACAACCCAUGAGCAUGGAAAGCGCCAUGGGGAAUCCCGAGAAGGAAUGGUCUUUGCGCCACGUGCUCGGAGGAGGCAGCCUUCUAGGGAAAAGUUGCCAAGGUGCUCUGAUGCUGGCGGGGCAACCCGAAGAAUUACAAAAGCAAGGAUAUCUUUUCGGACGGCACCUAUCCCUGGCCUGGCAAGCAUGCAUUGACUUGCAACCGUUCCUCCACAGUACUCUACCUCAGGGAUCCCAAUUCAGUCUGGUAUCGGCCCCUGUACUGUUUCACCUUGAGUACGAUCCCAGCAUCUAUGCGGAAAUCGAAAAAGGAAGCAUGUCGGUGGAUGCCAUCGACUAUCGGAAUCUUCACCAAGCCAUCGGAACCGGACCGGGCCUAGAAAGGACGAAACACCUCAUGAGAAAGCAUAGCCUUGCUGCAAUGCAAGUGCUGGGCCGACUGCCACCCUCAGAUGCCCGAACGGCUCUGCAAAACAUCAUUCUGGCCAUGCAGGAGUUGUAACGAGCAAUUCAAAGGCAGUGUGCAGUUCAUGCUUCUCGUUUCACGCAGAAGGUGUCGCUGCGGAACUAUGAAUGAAAGCUCCUCAGUAAUUGAUUAGUGUAGUUGUGUGCGUGAGCGAAUCGGAUCGAACGGUAGCGUGUGUAGAAAAACGUAAACAGAACCUUGAAAAUCGUGAGCCGUAUGAAUGAAUACCCGUCACAAAAGUGUGUGUGUGUUGAAACGUCAGUCGAAUCCGCUCUUGGUAUGAAUGAACAACGAACGGUAUUUACGGUAAACACUUACAUCACAGUCCACAAGUGAGUAAAAGCCCAGAUUAGUGGACGUCGUCUGCAAACGGGAGUAGAAAUCGUCUGUCGGUCGGAUUCGCCGUGUGCCGGAAUUUUCGUCAGGUGUUAAUAAUUUAUGCUGGAAACAAGUUUGGUACGGUUUUGGUGAUGCUACUACUAAAGACGACAACGUGUGGUUUAUCCGAGCAACGUGUCGCGGCCGUCAUUCGAUAAGCAGUGAUUCGGAAAUUCGGACGUGCCAAAAUUGAAGUCGCCUGCGGGGAAGUGAAUGCAAGUGCAAUAUCGCUCCAUGGUGUGGAGAAAGAAAGUUAACACACACGAUUGAAGUUUAAACCAAGAAGACGUGAACGAGAAGUGCAGU